GAUGCAUGCUGGGAUAUUCUUGAUGGGUUUGUUAAGCCGCCAUGAUGGAUCAGAAAAAUUGUUCAGAAAGUGAAAUAUUUGAAGACGUAGGAUAGACUCAUUUGUGUUUGUAUUGAUUCUAAAAGGAUAUAAAAAUGUCGAACUGAUGUUCUGAUAUCUAUUACUUUGUUUAUUGGCCCUUUUUAGGGAUUUUUUGCCCGCUUUGGCAGGAUAAUAUUUUGACUAUCUCAUUAGCAUAUCCUAGCCGAGGACGAUGAGCAAGGUUUCGUUUAGGGCUCGGGCGCUGGACGCCUCUAAGCCCAUGCCUGUUUAUAAGGCUUGUGAAAUUCCAGACAUGAAAGAUUUUGCGCAGAUUAACCGAUCUGUUCCGCAAAUGCCGACCGGAAUGGAGAAAGAAGAAGAAACGGAACAUCAUCUUCAGCGGGCUCUCUCAGCACAGCAGGUCUAUGGAUCAUCAGAAGCAUUGGUUAUACCCAUUCCAGAAGUACAAGACAUUUCAGAAAGAUUUCAUGCAUUGUAUCCAGACACUUAUAAACCUUCCAAGCAGUAUGUUCAUAUUCAAGCUUUUAGCAUGGAUCAAGAAAUACCGGACUAUGACAUGGACAGUGAUGAUGAUUGUUGGCUCAAUGUACAAAGUAAGAAAAUGGAGAUUACCCCCUUGAAGUUUGAAGAGAUGAUGGAUAGACUAGAAAAAGGCAGUGGACAACAGGUUGUGACACUUCAAGAAGCCAAACUUCUGCUCAAGGAAGAUGAUGAUCUUAUAAUAGCUGUUUAUGACUACUGGCUAAAUAAGCGUCUGAAAAUGCAACGACCAUUGAUAGCAACAGUGAAGUGUGAAAAACGAGAUGGCACAACUACAAAUAAUCCUUAUGUGGCUUUUAGACGGCGAACAGAAAAAAUGCAAACAAGAAAGAAUCGUAAAAAUGAUGAGGUGUCUUAUGAGAAAAUGCUGAAGCUGCGCAGGGAUUUACAAAAAACUCUUACACUUCUAGAAUUAUUGAAAAGAAGAGAAAAAAGUAAGAAAGAAUUAUUACAGCUUACUAUAGAGAUAUUGGAAAAAAGAAUUGAAAUGGAAGAUUUUUCCGGAAACGCGCUUGCAGAAGCGGAGGAAGAGAGAGAGAAACACCCGACGUUUGUCGCUCCCUUCGCCCUCAACAGUCGUGGGGAGUGGGUGCAGACUUACAAGGGGGAGGAGACUGCCCCUGUGCGGAAGAAAAGGCAAUAUCGCAAAAGAAAGCAAGCACAGCAACAGCAGCAACAGAACCAAAUCAUAUCCCAUACGUCAGUUCACCAUUUUCAGCACCAGCAACAUUCCAGUGGAGAUAUCGACAUUAUGGAUAGCUCAGAGGAGGACAUUCUCUCUCCAGCUAUGUCCCAGUCAGACCAUGAGGAUGAAAAUGAUCCUGAUGGAAUGUUUGCUUUCAAAAGACGAAAAUAUUGCCACUAUCACCAGCCUUUACAGCAUGGUCUUGGGAAUUGGCCUUGGCAUGGACCAGAAGAAGGUGGUAGAGGAGAUAAACGUUUUCGUUUUUCACUCACAUCUUUACCCACAGGUUGUAUGGCAUAUGCUCGCAGGAGGAUAGGUAGAGGUGGAAGAGUAAUUUUUGACAGAGCAAGUACACCUUGGGAUGAAACUUUUGAUCGACUUGAUUUAGGCUGCAAUUCUCACCAUUCAAGCAUUUAUUCAGAUUAUAUAACUUAUGUUAGGGAGAAUAAUAUUCCUCAUUAUCGCCCCAAAACUCCACCUCCUGAAGCAAAGCGUACUUCCCCACAGACUGGCUCAAAUAAUGGUUUUGGUAGUGGGCAUAGUGGCAACUCAUAUUCCAUGUCAGAAUCCGACUUUGAUGUGGAAAGUUUUCAGUCCCAUAGGGAACAAUUGCUGGAGAUGCAAAGAGAACAACAGCAAAAACUGUUUACUGAAGAGGAUCAUGAGACAUCUAUCACAUUAGACCUUCAGCCAACAUUGCCAGCUGAUGUCAACUCACAUUUCACUUUAGACUCUGCUGGUGCUGAAUUUGCUGUCCGGGCUUUAGUGGACUCUCCGAACUUGGGAACGCUGCCUGUUUUGGAAGGAACCACACCAGGCAGCAUCAGUGCUGCUGCAGCUUCCCCAGUAGGAAGCAGGACCAAUUUGCAACAGUUUAGUUUCUCUUUAAUCAAGUCAAAUGACUCUAGUGGAACCAAUGGAAAAACUUUGAGCAACUCAGUUACUCCAGGAAAAGUUACUCAUGCAGACAGUGCUACAGUAGCUAAACUACCACUUAUUGCCAACACAGUCUUGUCUUCACCAUCCAUUUCAUUGCUUCACAAAUCUCCAUCGGCACCAGUUUUACCCCUGUCAUCACAAGUCACAUCAUCAUCCACAUUACCGUCCACAGUGUCACUAUUGUCAUCAGCGACAACCAUUCUGCUGCCACAUAAAACUAAUGGUCCUUUAUCAUCUUCACAUUUGAAAUCCAGUGGGCUUUCAACUUCACCUGCAGCAAAUGUGCUUCAACUCAAUUUUCCAGCAAACACAUCAUUACUAACAACAGCAUCUACUUUAGCUUCUUCUAGUGCAGUCAUUGCAGUAGCUUCAUCUUCAUCAUCAUCUACUGCUAAUACCACACCAGUGACUACCUCUCUUACAGGGAAUGCAUCUCUGCAGCUUCAGCGCUCAUUAAACAAUAAAGUCACAACCCCUGCAAAUUCUGCUGGGACACUUUAUAAACUUCCUGUUUCAGCCACCCCCACUUCCAACUAUGACAUUCUCAGGUCCAACCAUGAUGAGAUUCUUUUCAACAAAGAUACAGGCAUCCCUAUGGAUGUCACAUGACAGAGAUCCCAUGCGUCCCCUUGGCGCUAGUAUCUGUUAGUUACGCACCCAUGCAAGUAUGGUGCCAGCAGCAUCAUCGCUCCAUCUUGUCUGUGUCUGACUAGAACUGGAACAGUCACAAUCUGAUUCCUGCUCCAAAAAGCAAUCCAGCUAAUUUAGUAAAGCUCCAGUAGGCACUAAAAUGUCACCAUGUAAUUGUGUAAUUGUUAAUUCAUUCUUUUUUUUUUUAUUCCUUUAUCUUUUUUUUUUUUUUUGCUCAUUAUUAUUGAAGCAGAAUUAUGCAUUACUAAAAAAAAAAAACACAUAAAAGGCAUUUGUAUAUUAUUUAGAUCAUUUAUUUAGCAUUUAGAAUGAUAAUAAUGUGGGCUCUGUUUUCUGGUAUGAGCUCUUUUUAUAGUUCUCUGUAAUAUUUCCAGCCUGGUCACAAGAUCUUUAGUGUUUUGAAAGUGAACAUAAGUUGUCAGCUGCUGGAGCUUUUACUCUCUUGACUUAUUGAUGCUAGGGCAUGUCAAACAUGCAGUAUCAUUUAAAUAAAGUAGGAACAUUUAGAAGUAGUGAGGUGAAAAGAAAAAUUAUUGUUUAAAAAGUGUUACUAUCGGCAGAAGUGUUCUCAUUGUGAAUAAGUCCAUCUUCCUGUUACUUUGGUGUUCCUCUUUAUCCAAUUACAACAUACAAAAUAUUGGGAAUUGUUCUUAUAUCCAAGUUGUAACAGAAAGAUAAUGUAAAUUAUGGUUGAUUUUUGCUUAACAUUAGAAAAAAAUAGCCUCAUAAUAAGACAAGAUAGCAGGUAAAUUUGAAUGUGAGCGUUUGUAUAAUUAUCAUUUUACAAAGAACAAAUAUGUAAGAACUGGUAAUACAAAAUUGUUUCCUGCUGCAAUCGGUGUUUAAACAUUCUUGUUUUUUUUUUUUUAAAUUAUAAAUUAUAGGGACUUGUACUAGCUGUGGUGUUAGUAACAUCGAACUUGUCUAGUGAUAUUUUCAAUAAAUGUUUAGGUAGCAAUUUGCCUGCAUUUCAUCUUGUGACUUGCUAGACAUUUGUUCAGUAUAAAUACUAUCUAUAGUGCCUGUUCAUGUUCCCUUAAAGGUGAAACCAACACCCCCUCCCAAACAUUCUAUUGAGUAGCAUUGUGUCAUGGUAUUUGGUCCAGUGUUUGUAUAGUUUUGUCUUUCAGUGUUGUGAGAUGCUUUAGAAAGUUGUUCUCUUGCAAUAUUUUUUUUUAAAUAAUGAUGUGAACAUAUAACUAUGAAAUAUAUUUUUACCUUCAUAUUGUAUUGGAAAAUCUCUGUAAUAGUGCUUGGCAUGUUUCUUAUUUUUAUAACUGUAAAGAUAGAUUUAAAACAAGUUUACUACCAGUAAAUCCUUUCCUUAUAAAUUCCCUUCUUUUAUCCUACUGUUAGAAAUUUAUUAUUUUAAUGUUUGGGACAUUUUCUCAUUAUUAGAUCAAUUUUUUUUUCCCCUUAUCCCAGAGUUUAGAAAUGUGUUAGUAAUUUGAUUUUUGUAAUUAUUAUUUUCACCUUUUUUUCCCCCCUUAUAAUCUGAGCACACCAUUAUGUUGUGAUUUCAAUUGUAUGAGAACAAUUUCUUUGUCAGUGAACAACCAUUUGAAUUAUAAUGAAUAAUGAUCAUCAGUAGAAAUGUUAUUUGUUAAUUUCUUGACAUCUUUGAUUUGGUGUGAACAAACCAAUAGACAGCUUUUAGAUUGCAAACCUAGCAACAGUACCAAUUAGGUAUACAAGUGUGCAAUUUAAAUAGUCAUUUAGUGAGGCAUGCUUUAGCACAAAGAUAUAACAAUUUGAACAUUAUUUUUUUAGCCUUAAUAUUUCUUUUAUUUAUAAAUACAUAUGAAAUAUUAAACAUACAUAGCUUGAUUUAUGUAAAAGGGAAAAUGAUUUAACAAAAUACUGAAUGUUUUUUUUUUUUUGUAAUUCUUUGCUGCUUGAGACCUUACCCCAGUAAUUGUUGUCACUGUAGUGUAGUCAGAGGAGCUGUGUGGGAGUAGGUUCUAAAGAAUGAUGUAUAUAUGUUUCACUAUGUGUAUAUGUUUCAAGAGCUUCAAGAUUAUUGCAUGAUGUGGAUGGAACAUGAGAUGUGUAAACAAAAAAAUAUCUUUACUGUGAUAAACUAUAAAACCAACAAAAACAAAACGGGUGUACAAUGCAUCCUCUUUCACAAAUUGACAUUUGUAAUAAAAGUUGAAUUCAUGUC